AGGCUAUUCUCGAACACCAUGAGCGGCUUUUCGACAACGGAGCAGACCACCGUCUCUCCGCACUCGCUCCAGACCCUUCACGGCAGCAGACGGGUCUAUCCCUCCGUCGAAGAGCUCAAUGCCGUCGUCGACCGAGCCAGCGCCGCCCAGAAGGCGUGGGCCAAGGUCCCACUCCCGCAGAGGAUCGCCAUCGGCAGAAAGUUUAUGGAAACGACAGGGCCUCAGGAAGAGUUCAGGAGGUUCGCCGACCGUGCCGCGAGCGAGCUGACCCUCCAAAUGGGUCGUCCCAUCUCGCAGACCCCCGGCGAGCUACGCGGCAUGCUGGACCGAACGGACUACAUGCUCUCCAUCGCCGAAUCGUCUCUGGCAGACGUACCGCUCACGGACACGGACAAGCCCGGGUUUAGGAGGUUUAUUCGGCGUGUGCCCUUAGGCGUCGUGCUGUGCAUCGCUCCGUGGAACUACCCUUACCUGACAUCGGUCAACUGCGUUAUCCCGGCGCUGAUGGCUGGGAACGCCGUUAUCCUGAAGCCAUCCCCUCAAACGCCGCUCACCGGAGAACGUUUCCGCGAUGCGCUGGUGGCGGCAGGUGUUCCUGCAGACGUCAUCCAGGUAGUGCAUCUCAGCCCGGAACUCACCACGCAUGCUAUUCAGCAUCCGUUGGUUGACUUUGUUAGCUUUACCGGCAGCGUGGCCAACGGUCGGUCGGUCGAGAUAGCAGCGGCGACGGCACCCACGUUCAAGGGAGUGGCUCUCGAGCUCGGAGGCAAAGAUCCCGCCUAUGUCCGUGCAGAUGCAGAUCUCGCGUACACUACGGCUGAACUAGUAGACGGCGCCAUGUUCAAUUCCGGGCAGAGUUGCUGCGCUGUGGAGCGGAUCUAUGUGCAUGAAUCCGUUUUUGACGAAUUCGUUGCCCGAUUCGUGGAAAUCGUCAAGCGAUAUAGACUGGACAACCCGACGAACCCAGCGACGAGCAUGGGACCUGUUGUCAGCAUAGCAAGCGCCGAACGGAUCAGAAAACAGGUUGCCGACGCCGUUGCGGCGGGAGCCAAGACUCUCAUUCCGGAGUCGCAUUUCCCGAUGGCCAGACCAGGCAAUGCCUUCGUCGCGCCGCAAGUGCUCGUUGACGUCGACCACUCCAUGGACAUCAUGAAGGCGAGCCCCCACAACGAAGAGACUUUCGGUCCCGUGGUGGGUAUUAUGAAGGUGUCUUCGGACGAAGAAGCCGUCCACCUCAUGAACGACUCGCCGUACGGCCUCACCGCGUCCGUCUGGACGAACGCUGCCGCCAAUCCCGAGUCCCAGGCUGCGUUCUUGCGCAUCGAGGAGGAACUCCAGGCGGGCACCAUCUUCCUGAACCGUUGCGACUACCUCGACCCUGCCCUGGCUUGGACCGGCGUCAAGAACAGCGGACGAGGCGUCAGCCUCAGCAAGUUUGGUUACGAUCAACUGACGCGGGCCAAGUCAGUGCAUAUGAAGAUUCAGACGUCGUGAUGUCCUUACAGUACCGUUUGAGCACCCUGCUACCCUGCUUCAUCAAGAACUUUGUGCCAUACAUUGCCUGUCGUGCUGCCGUAGAAUCGCAGAUCAAAUUCAGAAGGAUUAAACUUGAGAGUGGAGCCCGCGCGUGAUCCAAGCGCGACAGCAACAAAGCAAUGGUGAUUAUCUAGUACCGAAGAUUCUAUAUGAAUACACGGCAUCGCGCGCGUUCCCAACUCGGGUUGUAACGAGCGAAAGCAGCCACGAAUAACGAUACAAUCUAUACACAUUAAGCAAAGCAGGAGAAACCAUCCGAUCCGACCAAUCCCAAGACAGAUAUUUAAUACGUAGAUGACGCGUGCGAUAUCCCUGGACCCCCGAGCUCCAUCCAAGGGGGCCCCAGCUGGCGCCGAUAACGCUGACACACCGAAAAGAUCCGCAGCAUGCGGUUUCACUCAACCGAAGGGAGGCGCCCGGCGUUGCGGGAGACGCUACCUGUCCAGGACGUACCCGUCCGUCAGGUGCGAGCGGCCGAGCGACGACGCCGCGUCCUUCUCGGAUAUCGCGGGCGACAUCUUCCCCGACUCGGCCCUGUGCGAGACGGGCUCGCCGGGGCCGGGCCAGUGCUCGUCGUCGAAGAGGCCGUUCCGGGCCUGGUCGCCGAGGUAUUCGUACGUGACGGGUACGUGCGCGUGGCUGGGCGGAUAUACCGGCACCGGGAACAGCUUAUUAAGGAUAAGGUGGACGGAAAACGAGAUGGUGACGCUGAGCAACCAGCCCAUCUGAUACAUGUGUAUCGCUGCGGCAUUAACCGCGGACGGGUCGUAGCUCCCCACCAGGCCGGGGAAGGGUAUGAAAAACCCGCACGCCCACGCGAGGCAACCACGCCAGUUCACGCCCUUGUAGAAAUAAUAGACGCCGUCCCGCGCGCCGGUGUAACACGACGGCACGUGUAUGUUGCCUCUGCGGAUGACAUAGAAGUCGCAAAGGACGACGCCGAGGAUGGCGCCGACGAGGAUGGUGUAGCUCCCGAGGAAAGUGAUAAACUUGGCUGAAAGAAGCGCGCGGCGAUCAGUAGUCGGAAGGCCGUACUGUCGCGUGAAGGAAUUCGAGGCAGUGAUAAGGGUAUACGAACCUGCGCUGACGAGGAAUUUCCACGGGACGAUGGCGAGGCCGAGGAAGUAACACAGCGCUUGGCCGCGCCGGAUAUCGAGCCAGCGCGGUGCGAUGCCCGUGAUGUCUGCUCCGAACGGUAUGCUAUUUGCAGAGAUAUUUGUCAUGACGGUAGCGAACGAGAAGAGGAUGGAAACGAGGAAGACGGCGAAGCGGCCCGCGGACGUCCAGUUGUGAUCCAGAAUCAAGUUCAGCUGGUCCCAUGGAUUCCACUGCGGCUCCCCGCCGUAGAUAACCACCAGCGCGGACGUCGUGGCUAUCGAAAAAAACGUGACGAGGUUCUUGACGACGAACAUGGCGAGGCCCUGAUACCACCCUGCCUCGCCUGGGCGUGUCGCGUACCGGCCAAGGUCGGGCUGGUUGAGGAUCAUCGGCGAGGCGUUGGAGAUGACGGCGUUGAGGCAGCUCAUCCAGACCCACGCGAGCGCGGACCCGUGCUGGGUCGUUUUGGUGGCCAAAUCGAAUUUGGAGAAGCCGCCGGCUUUGGUGCAUGCCCAGGCGGUGAGGCCGAUGGCACAUGGUGGGAGGAUCCACGCCUUGACCUCGAAGACGCGCCGGAUGUGCGCAGGAUGGACGAGUAUCAGCGGUAACUGCAGGGCAUAGAUAAGGAUGAAUGCCGUAAAGUCCUGGCUAGUGAUGCCAGCCGAGAGCGGAAAGGGGGUCAUGUCGGUCCAUCGAUGGCCAAAUAUGCAGCGGAGGGCGACAGAAAAGAGGCGGCCAGUGUAAUAGGACUGGAUACCGAACCAUAUGAUGGCGACGAUCGCACGGAGAAACACAAAGGCGUAGCCUCCCCAGACACCCAUCUGCGAGCGGAUGGUGAUGGGGUAACCAAUGUGGUAGAGGGCACCCUGCCGUGCGUUGAGGACAAUGGCGAUGGAGGUGAUGAACGAGCCGACGAUGGUGACCCCCAUCGCCUGCGAGAACGAGAGGCCGACGGAGACGAGCGCAGCGCCCCCUGCCCACUCAUUUGCGUUGAACGAGCAGCCCCACCAGAGCGCGGCGUAGUCCCAGCGGGUCCAUUUACGGUCUUCAGGCGGGGUGGGGUCGAGGUCCUUGUUGCUCCACUGGUGUCUGCCCUCGAAGUCGUCGGAGCCUUUGGUCUGGACCGCUUUAAGGAACACAGCCCGACUGGAGAGCGCGCCCUUCGAGCCCUGACGCAACGACUGGGGCAUUUCCC